GCGUUCAGGUUAUUCACCGCCUGGGCAUACAAAAACGAACUCGAAGAGAGCACUAUACCGGAGAUACAACGGACCAACCUGGGCAAUGUGGUGCUGCUUCUGAAGUCUUUGGGCAUUAAUGAUCUGGUACAUUUUGACUUUAUGGACCCACCCCCGGCCGAAACACUCAUCCGAGCACUGGAACAGAUGUAUGCCCUUGGGGCUAUUAAUGCGAG